AUGACAAGAUAUUUGCGUGACCACCGGGGAGUUUUUGUCGCGGCUGGAACCAAUUGGUUUGAAGGAAAUUGCGCCAUUGUCGAAGGUGAAUCGAUUGCCUUACUAGAAGCAUUGAAAGAAAUAGCAGAAAGAGGUAUAUCAAACGUUAUUUUUGAAAUGGAUUCGAAGAGUGUAGUGGAUGCAAUUCACAAUAUAAAAAGUGGUAGCUCAGAUUUUAGUUCACUCAUUUGUCAUGUUAAGCAUGUAUUGUUAUCUAAUCCAAACUUUGUGGUAAAGUUUAUUAAUCGACAAGCGAAUAUGGUGGCUCACACGAAAAUGGUUGCAUACAUGGAUGCUGCAAGAACAUAUACAGGAUUAAAGCCAGCUCCAAUUAUUAUGGCUGGAUUCUCAUCUAGGGGUCCUAGUGUUGUGCAGCCAUUGAUACUUAAGCCUGACAUAACUGUUCCUAGAGUCAACAUAUAUGGCUGCUUAUUCACAGGCCGCUAG